AUGGCGAACCAGUUCUUUUUCCGCGACGCUUCUGCAUCAUUCAAUGAUGCUCAGUUCAUCGCUGAUGCAAUGGACUCGACUAUCCCCCAUCUUGUUGCGGCGGGAAACGCUGGCCAAUGGGGAACUGAGCCUCUUUCUAGAAAGGAAUCAUUCACGCAGAAAAUGUAUGAUGCUGUCUCAAAGUCGGAGCAGUUCUGUAGAACGGGAACUGGUGAUCCCGAGAGAAUAUUUAUUGCCGAGGUUGAAGACAAACAGACAGACUCUGAAUCCACUGCAAACGGAAACCUUUACCGUCGUGUGGACGAGAAUGGAAAAUCCUUUGUGUCUGUUGGCUUCGUCAAGAUUGUUGAAAAACAGUUCGUGGGCUAUCUGAAAGAGUCCGAGACUUUGAAAGCCCAGGUUGAACCUGCGUUGAAUAAGGGCAAGUUUAUCUUCCUCCAAUACCUCGUCACUGAUCACCGAGUUGGUGAUAGACGUCGCGGAGCUGGGGCUGCUCUCCUUCAGAAAGUCAAGGAUUAUACUCUUGAGCGUGGUUGGAAGACGAUCUGGCUUGAUUGCUGGGAUGGGGGUAAUGGGCAAUUGGUGCAGUACUACAUUGAUCAAGGAUUUCAUAUCAUGGGGAGCUUUAGGGAUGAUGAUGACGAUGGAUCUCCAUGA